AUGUCCUCCCCCCCGACGUCCCUCUCCGACCCAAUCGCCUACCUGGCCCUCCUCAAAUUCCACCGCCUCCUCCCCCGCUGCCCACGCACAAACCUCCCCGUCUCUUAUGCCGACCUGGGCGAUCCCGGGGGAGUGGUGGUGGUUUAUUUGUUGCCGAGUGGGUGUUCGAGGUGGGUUGCGGCGCCUAUGGACCCGGUAGCGAUCAAGUACGGUAUCAGACUUAUCGUAGUCGACCGUCCCGGGACGGGUGGGACUGGCCAAGUGCCGCUCAAUGAGCGUAUUGCCAGAAGCUGCGAGAUGGUGGUAUCUGUGCUGGAGCAUUUGGACGUCAAACCCGCCCAUAUGUUGGCAACAUCUGCAGGAAUAUACUACGCUCUCCACCUCCUAAUCAACCACCCCUCCACCUUCCAAACAUCCCUCAACCCCCCGCCCAAACUAUGGCUCAUAGCCCCCUGGGUACCCUUGUUACCGUCGGAUGAUCCGGACUAUUGGCCGUUCAAGUGGGAUUGGAUACCUACGCCGUUGAUCGCUACGCAGCAUAUCACUACACCGCAUUUAAUCAAAGCAGCCGAACAAGCUCAAAAAGUGUACAACCAAGGUGCGAAAGCGUACGAUACUGGCAAAGCAUUCGCUCUCAGGUGGUACAAGUCGUAUUUCGACCCUCCUGCUUCUUCUUCUUCUUCUUCUUCUUCUCUCAAUCAAGGGUCGGGUGUUUCUUCGCCGGUACCAUCGAGGUCGAGUAAGGGAUAUGCGGCAGAAGGGAAGGGUGGGGAGCAAGACCUAGGAGGCGAUACGCAAAAGCUAUUGAAUGGCAUCCGAGGAGCAGGUAUGGGCGAAGGAACCGAGGUCCGCGCUCCCGAUCCCACCGAAGAAGGGGAAGGGGAAGGGGAAGAGCAUGAUUAUGAUUCGGGAGAGUGGCCUCCGAGAGAGAGGUUCUGGGGAAAGACGCCUUGCUGCAUUACUUGCACGAUAUCGGGGUAUAUGCAAGCUGAAAACGCUCAAGGAAUCGGACAAGAACACUUAAUCUGCCUCAACCGCGGCCUCCAAAAUACCGGCGCCCCCUACCUCCUUACAGCGCUAUCCGACCUCGCCGCUACCAUCGAGUUCGCGCAGUCUCCUGUGGAGUCUGAAGCCCGUACGAGGCUUGGGAAGAAGUUUGGGAUGAGCGUGGGGGAACGGUUGAGGGAUAGCGAGACUGGUGGAGGGGGAGGAGGAGGGGUGAAGUGGCCGUUGGAGGUGAAUGUGUGGUGGGGCUGGCUGGACGAUAUGGUUCCUCGAAAAGGACAAUUGUGGUUCAACGAUCUAGUGGGACAGUAUGGAGAUGCGAUCAAGCUUUCGAUACAUGAUGUUCCGGGUGGAGAUCAUGCUGAUUUGCUGGCGAGGCAAGAGGGUAUCCAUCAAUGUUUCCAGCUCAUCCAAUUCCAAGGAAACUCUACAGCGCCCACACUAGAAGUCUGA